CCGGUGAAGUUUAUAACUGCUAGCUAGUCCUUCACCUUUUUGUUCACCUCUUAGAGCAGAGAGAGUAGUACUGAGAUUGCUUGGCCAUUUGAAAAACCAAAAAUGUUGGGUCGUCGACUUCUUCCGAUUCAAAGUCCGCCGCUUCCGAUUCAAAAUCCGCCGCUUCUGAAUCAAGUUGAUGGUCCACCUCCACCACCACCUUCUCCUCCACGUCCUCCUCUUAGGGCCCUGGCAGCAAAUGUUACAGCUUUGAUUCCUUUGGAAGAAGAAAGUACUAGACUUCAGUUGGAUAUAAUGAAGCUAGAGAAACGAGCUGAAGACAUUUUUAAUGCAUUCACUAAUCAUAUCAGCUUUGUUCUAUUGUUCACUGGAGGGGGGCUAAUUUUUAACACGAGGCUUCCUUGUACAGCUAUUGCUACAUUCACCACACUGACACUUAUUUCUUUCAUUGUGGGGUUCCUUAUGGCCUAUAGGGUAUUAUGGAUCAAAACUAAACGAAUGCAACCUGCUAUGGAUACUUUGGAUGGAAGAAAAAAUGAGCUUGCCGAUAGAGCAAACACCAUUUGGACAUCAGAGGAUGCUCGGCAAACCGCAUAUGAUCUGGGUCCUCUUAAUGAGAGCACUAACCUCUUACACCCUCAAGAGUUGGCGGAUACGGUAAAAAUGCGGGCGAAAGUGAUAAUGGAUUCUGCCGGUAUAGCUGAGUUGAAAAAGUAUAAUUGCCAGUUGAUAUGGGCUAUCUUAACAUGUUUGGUAGUUCACGGGUCUGUCAUCUGUGUCACUGCCUACUACUCAUAUGGCUAUGCUAAGGAAGGGUGUAAAUAUCCUAAGGUUAUAUAGAAUGUGGAUGGAAGGAGGCUGACGUUUGAACAAGUGGCUUAGGCGACUGGUGUAGCUACUUUUAAACUCUACUACUUAUUACUUUCAAGACAGUGCACUUUAUUCGAAUGUUUAUUAAGCUAUCCGUUUGGCAUAUUUUAUAUGUCAAUAUACCUUGGAUAGAAUUUGUUUUGCUUAAUCUGACGAUCGACAUACUUUUGAUAUCAUUUUAAUA